AUGAACGGAUGCCCAAUUGAGCCCCUCAAGCCCUUCCGUCUGCUCGACCUCCCGGCCGAACUCCGCCUCCGCAUCUACGAGCACGCCCUGACUGCACCCGACAAGGCCAUCCGCGUAUACUACUCGUAUGAGAAGAAUCGCAUCAACCCCGCCCUGUCCCUCUCUCUGCUCCGCACCUGCCGCCAAGUCUACGCAGAAGCCCGCGACGUUCUGUUCCAAGAGAACACCGUCUUUAUCCACGCCGAUGUCCACCGCAUUGGCAACCCCGUCAUCGGCGCGAGCCAGCUGCCGCCCCCAGCCCUUUCCAGCAUCCGCCGCCUCUUCGUCGUCGUCGACAUCAUCGACUCGUCCCACGCCUCCAGCUACGCCCACGCCGACUUCCGCCCCUUCCAGGCCAUGGUCCGCCUGCGCCACCUCCGCAUCGCCGCCAUAGACGACGCGGAGCCGCCGCCGGGGCGGGAGCCCGCGCGCCGCCAGCGCGGCCUCGAGGGCUGCACCCGCCUCCUGUCGUGCCUCAUCGAGCGCGUGCCCGCUACCUGCAAGCUCGAGUACGCCGCCGCCUCCGGCCCCGAGAAGCAGUUCGUCGCCCCCUGGUGCAACCUCAGCCCCAACUGCAUCCUGCACGAGGUGACGCGCGACGCGCUGAUGCGCGCCGCCGCCUACUCGCAGGCCGAGCAGGGCUGCAAGUCGGGCUCCGACGCCGACUGGCGGCGUGACCCCGCGGCGGCGAACUUGGCCGACCCCUUGGAUCAAGUGAGGACCUGGUGA